UAUGGCUUUCCUUGAAUCUUUGACCAUCCUCAUUUUUCUUUCUUUAUUAAUAUUUCAUUACAGACCUCAAUACUUAAAAGCUCUUAUCGAUAGAUAUUGGCCGCAUCUUGGUGUGUUUCAAGCCCUUACAAACUUGAACCAAAUCCAUGAAUUCUUGGCGAUAUAUAUUAAUCGUAGUGGCGGUAGUUUCAUGUUGAGAGGACCUUGGUUUACCAACAUGGACAUGCUUUUUACCACAGACCCAUUAGACAUCCAACAUGUUUUGAGCAAGAACUUUACUAAUUAUCCGAAAGGCCCAAAAUUCCGUGAAAUAUUUGAUUUCUUUGGAGAUGGCAUCUUUAAUGUCGAUGGACAUUUAUGGGAGAUCCAACGCAAAACCACCAUGUCUCUUUUCAGGCAACCCAACUUUCAAAGCGUCUUCGAAGGGAUUGUCUGGAAUAAGAUGGAAAGAGGGCUUUUACCAAUAUUGGAAUCUAUUUCCAAACUAGGCAAUGAGAUGGAUUUGCAGGACAUAUUCCAAAGGUUCACUUUUGAUACUAUAUGCACGUUGCUCUUAGACUUUGAUCCAAAAAGCUUGUCUCUUGAUUUUCCUUUCCUUCCUUGUGAGAAGUCCUUAACAGAUAUUGGAGAAAGUAUGUUGUGCAGACUAUUUUCACCUCCAAUCUUUUGGAAAUUUCAACAACUAUUUAAAAUGGGGAAUGAAAAGAAGUUAAGUGAAGCAAACAAUACUUUUGAUCAGUUCUUGUGUAAGUGCUUAGCUAGAAUACAACAUGUGUCCAAUACUAACAUAGAAAGUGAACAUUUUGGAUUGGCAUCCUUGGUUAGAGAGUUUAAAGACCAAAGCAGUAGUUUUGAAGAUCCUAGCAAGUUUUUAAAAGAUGUCAUAAAGAACCUAAUUGGUGCUGGGAGAGAUACAACUAGCACAGCUCUCUCAUGGUUUUUCUAUCUUAUUGCAAAAAAUCCAAUCGUAGAGGACAAGAUCCGAGAGGAGAUUCACACGUUAUUGCAGGAGAAAGUAGAUGAUCAAAAGAACUGGAAUUCCAAAGAGUUAGGCAAACUGGUUUAUCUUCAUGGGGCUCUAUGUGAAGCCUUGAGGCUUUACCCUCCUGUUCCCUUUAACCACAAAACUCCCUUACAGCCGGAUAUACUUCCAAGUGGCCACCAAGUUGAUCAAAACACUAAGAUUUUGCUAUAUUUUUAUGGCAUGGGAAGGAUGGAAAAGAUAUGGGGUGAGGAUUGCAUGGAGUUUAAGCCUGAAAGAUGGAUUUCAAAGGAAGGAGGGAUCAAACAUGAAUCAUCUUACAAGUUCCCGACUUUCAAUGGUGGACCAAGGAUUUGUAUAGGUAAGGACAUGAGUUUCACUCAGCUAAAGAUAGUGGCUUCUAUGAUCAUUUAUCAUUAUCACAUUGAGCUGGUUGAAGGUCACAUGGUGUAUCCAAUUGCUUCAAUAACACUUCAAAUGAAGCAUGGGUUGAAGGUGAGGUUAACCAAACUAAGUUAAGUGAAUAUGUGAGCCAAAUAUUAUGGAAAAGGUGAUAUAUCUUGUGUGAGACUACUAUAUAUGUUUUGUUUAGUUUAUGAAUUUUUAAUAUUUCUUAAUAAAUCCUCACGGAUAUGUGUGUGCUAAGAACAUAUAUUCAUUACCACAUCAACUAUUGAAAUGUCACCCGUGUUUCUUAGUAUCUAUAUUACAUAGAAGAUGGUAUGUACGUAAGAUACGUAUCAGAUUUCAGUUUGUGGGAUAAUAAUCUUAAACUUUACCAUUAUUUUU